AUGGACAAAGUGUUAGAGGCCUCAACUUUGGAGAUCGCAUUGGAGGGAUUCAGAGGUUGCUCGUUCGAGAAAUUAGUAAAACUCUUACAAGAAUAUCACGAGUAUGAUAUAAAAGAAGACGAAGAUAUGCAAAUAUGUUUGUGGAGUUAUUUACUUAGAAAUAGUAAACUUUCUUUCUUUAAAAUAGUUCCGAACAAUGGCGACUCUUCAACAACCAACAAUACUCCACCACCUAAGCAGAAAUCAAACAAAAAAGCCCCACAAAAGAAUGACUAUCAAUACACAACCGAAGGUUUCCAAGAGUAUGCAGAGACUAGAAACAAUUUCGAUUCUCGUUUCUCCUCUAAACGGUUGUUGGUUGAUAACCUUUCUGAAUUGGGUACACUACCAACAUCAGAUAUUUGUAUUGUUGCACAAUUCGAAUAUAGAAAAUUUGCUUUAGGUUUAGAUAUUAGAUCCGAUGUUGAAAUAAGUGAAAUACAGUAUUGCAUGUUGGAAGAAGUUGGCCGGUCAAGAUAUAGUGGAAGGUUCCAAAAUGAUUUGACAAAAUACUUAUGUAUUGAUUCAAGGUCAACUUUAUAUCACUUAAAACGGUUAUACGGAUUAAAUUUACUUUUGAAAAAGUCUUCAUAUGAUCCACGUUCUAAAACAACUUCAAAUUUAAUCCAUUUAUUCAGAUUUACUGAUACCAAGAAACAAAAAGAGUUUAUCAAAAAAACUGACGAUGAAGUUAAUGCAGAAAAGAUAUUUGAAAGGUAUUCUCAACUGAAAGAAAAUAUUGUCGAUACUGUUGUUGGAAUGCUAACAAAGGCAAAGGGAAAUGUAUUGAUAGAUUAUGAAGUAAGAAAAAAACUUUUGGAUUUUGUUAAAGACGACACACAACAAAAACACAAAUGGGAAAGACUGAAACUUAUCUUACAAGCAAGUGGAAAAGUUGAAUAUUUUAAGGCAAUUUUUGAAAACAGACUUACCUAUUGUGUUCGUCUUCUCAACCAAGAUAACAAUUUAUCUUCCUCUAAUCCUAUUGCUACAAAUAAUGCAAUAGAAGAUGGAUUACUAAAUCCUGGAUUUGAUAUGGAAAGGCCUCAACUCUAUCAAAUGUAUGACUAUAUAGAAAAGUUUGGUGGUAAAAGUGGAUUAAACCACAUGGACAUUUAUCAACAUUUUGAAAUGACAUCCAAAGUGAGUGGCAACCUUUGCAACGAUUUGAGGAAAGACUUUGGUGUAACUUCUGUAGCAGAAAAGGGAGAAAAACAGGCUAAAUCAACAAGUUAUAGAUUUUUCGUUCCUUACAUUAAAGAAGUAGAAAAUGAUAAAGCUAAUGAAGUCUCUAACAAUGAACAGGAAUCUCCUCAAAAAUCCAAGUCUAGGAAAAAAAAGAAAUCUCAACCACCUAAACAAUCAACAAAUAAUUCUCAAGAACAAGUACAACAAGAGGUCCAGUCUGUAUUGCCAUCAAUUAAUUUGGAAGAUUCUAGUGAUUCUCUUUAUGAUAGUGAUACAGGAAGUGAUGACGAAAGUGAUGAAAAUAAGCCAGCCCUUACUCCAAGCCAAUAUUUGAGGACAGAAGGAAAGAGAAAAGAAGAAGGAUCCAGAAAAGAGGUAAUAACUAAAAAUUUCUCAGAAAGAUGCAAAUUGGCUCUUUCCUUUUUGAAAGAAAAGAAGUGUAUUGCCAGAUUUCAGUUGAGAGAACAUUUUAAACAAAAUAAUGUUAGUGUGGAAAGCAAAGCUAUAUCAAGAUUGAUUCAAUACUUGGAAUCGAAUAACCUUGCUAAAAAAAUGACUAUUGCUGUACCUAGUUUAUUUGGAACAACCUCAAAAAUGCACAUAUGUUUAAUUGAUUGUUCUUUGGAUAUGAAAUCAAAGACUGUACAGGACUUUAUUACAAGUUUAUACUCUCAUGAAGUACAAGUUAAUUCAAAAGAAAAAGUUGAUAGAACAAUUUUAGAAAAAGUUGAUAGUAUCGAUCACUUAGAGACUAAAAGGUCUCAAAAAAGAUUUUCCUACUUGCCACUCUUUCAUUCACUUCUUAAUGGCUAUAUCAAUGCAAAAAUGUUGCGAGUUAGGGUAUUCCAUCAAUAUCUAUGGAAUAAGGUGAAUGAGGGAUCUGUUAAUCCUGAGCGUAUUUGCCUUUAUGAUAUUUAUAGUAACAUGUCUGUUUCUCUAUUUUGUAAGCUUGUUGGUUGUAUUGCAGAAAUCAGACUUGGUUCAGAUGAUAAGGAGAUUUUACAAACAGUAACAAUUUCUAAUGCGCCAGAAAAUAUUAAAAAAGCUGUUGAUGCAUCGGUAGUGGGAAGAAGAGCAGUUGCUCUCUCAAGAGUUGAAACAUUUAUUGAUAUAAUGGAGAAGUUGGGAUUAUUGGUUGUACAGGCUAUACGUGAUAAAGAGAGCAAAUCAAAAGUUUUUUCAUUAUUGAAAACAGUAGAAUUUCCUUUCCCACAACAAUUCCCUGCAACAGAGUACAGACAAGUUACAUUUAAUUCAAUUAAUGAUGUAGAAGAAUAUUGGGACGAUUUGGAAAUGUGUAGUGUAAAUAUGGAGACUAUUAGAUGUGAGCCAAUUGGUGAUGAUCAAGAAGAUAGCCCACAAAUUUUUUCAAAGAUUCAAGAUUUGGGAAAAAGACCUAGUUGGACUGAGUAUAGACAUUUUUCUUUGAGGCAACUUCGUAUUUUAGAGGCUUCUUAUAAGGAGAAUCAAACACCAAAUUUUGAGGAAUGCGACAAUAUUUGCAAAAAAUUGAGAAUACCAAUGGAACAAGUUGUUCUCUAUUUUUACAGAUAUAGAAACUCUAUUCUUAGCAAGCGUAUUUCAGAUAUUGGUACUAUCCCAGAGGGUCAAUCCAAGUCAAAUACUAAACGUAAAAAGGACGAUGAUUUUAUAGUUGGUGAUGACGAAAUUGAGUAUGAAAGCAAUGAUGAGAAUGUAGAGGUUAGAGCAAAAAAAACAAAGCGUUUGCCAUCUGUUUCAUUGUUAUUGAUUGGAAAUAGAAAAACAAGGAAAGGCUCUACCAGAAAGGGCAACAAAAAACAACCUACCGAUACUAAUGAAAACACAGAAAAACAAAAAGAAAAAACGAUACCAACAAGAGGGUACAAGUGGACUAAUGAGCAAGAUCUUUUGCUUUUAGAGGGACUCUCAAGGUUAAGGGAAUUGGAUCCAAGUACUGGUACUUUCCUUACAAAGCCUAUAAAAUGGCAAGAAAUAGCAGAUUCUAUUGGUGAUGGUAUAACAGCCAAUCGGUGCAAAUUGAGAUGGAAUAAUGUUUUGAGAAAACUUCCAUGGUGUAAGAGAGCACUUGAGCUUGCUAUUGGUCACAGAGAUUUAAAUAAGAACAAUCCAAAUAUUCCUCCCAUAGAAAUAAGAACGCUUGUACAAACCUGUAGAGAUCAGUACAGAAUCGGACCUUCUGAUUCUAAUAAUCAAUUAAUGAGUGUAGAUCUUCCUAGAGAUUUAAUCAAUAUUGUAAAAUACUUUAAAGUUAUAAGGUUUGAACCACUAGUAGAGGAUAAUGCAGACGAAAAUAUCAAUAUCACUACAGAGAAUAGAUUGAGACUCAGUUCUUUGGAAACCCUUUUCAAAAUUAUUCUACUUACCCCUGAUGAACACUAUGAUGUAAAAUUAGCCAACAAACUUGUUAAAAGAUUCAAAUCAAAGGAAAUAGAGGAAUGUUUUAACAGUUUAAGAAAGAGAUCAAUAAUAUCCAAGUCUAAAAGAGGUCUAAGAAUGAAGGGUUACCAUCUCAACAUUAAUUUUACAACAAAAACCACCGUGAACUUUUAUCCACCAGAAAUUUUUGAAGAUGCUCCAAAAUUCAGAAAAAGAGCGUUAAUGAUUAAUGAGGAGGAUGACUCUGAUGAAGAAGAUGAUAUGGAGGUUAAACCACUAUUUAAUAGACAUGGAGCAUGCUUUAAUCCUCAAAGCUCUGGUGGUGUAGUAGCAGCUUUAAUGAGUAUGGUAAUGUUGGAAGAAAUUAGGUUAAUACCAAGGGUUGCACCACUUUCCGAAGAAGAAAAAAAUCAAGUAGGAAGAACUCGUAGUAUCCAAGAUAUGGAAGAGGAUGACGGAACAGGCGUCAGUAAUCAUUUACUAAGGGUGGGAGCUGUGAGACCUGGUGAGAAUGAUCAUAUUCAUGCAGAAGGUACAAACAUUAAAAGUUCACACGGCUCACUACAAUUACCAGAUUGGACGAUAGCUAUAGAAUCCAUCACUGAAGUAAAUUUAUUUAGUGAGAUGGGAGCUGAAAAUGAACAUCAAACCCACAUUUCCAGAAUAGUAUCUGAGUACGGGCACAAACUCUCUAGUAUUGAAUUUUCUAUUGAACUCCCAGAUCAAGAGAAUGAGAAUAAGAGAGAAAGAGAUGAAUUUAACCAAGAUAACACCUAUGACCCACCUCAAAAGAAAAAGAAACAACACCACAUUACUAACUCUGAAAUUGAGGCAUAUUUCGAAAUGUAUGCUGCAGAAAGUAGUUCUAUAACAACAUUCACCAAUGAUCAAAUAGAUUUUGUUGAAAAUAUUACAUAUCCAGAGAUUAAACCUCUUGCACAAUAUAUUAUAGAAUCUGGAGUUGAAGAAUAUUCAUUUUGGAUAGAAAGGAUAAUUUUGGUGUAUUCAUUUAUUGGUAAUACCAAGUUUGAAGGGGCAAACUUUGACACUAUUUCUCAAAAAUUUUCAGAUUUUUCUACUGAUUAUGAUCUUUCGAUCAAAGAAAUAUUACAACAAUUAGUUAACUUUAAUUGUAUUGUGGAGGUAAAUUCUGAAAAUGAAACAAGAUUUUUGAGAUUUGAAGAAGCCAAAUUGCACACAAUACCAUACUCAGAAAAUGGUGCAACACAAUAUAGACCAAUUUCAGUCUUCAGACAAUUAUCAGGAGAGUUAAAUGAUAACCUUUUACAAAACUUUAAAAAAUGUAUCAUCUCCAGAAUUAUGAGAUAUCCUGGUAUUUUGGAAAAAAAGCUUAUCAAUAGUAUUGGUGUUAUUUCUGCCCAGGAUAUAAGAAAAGUAUUAGGAUUUUUGGAGGAUGACCAAAUCAUUCAAUCUAGCUAUCAUAGAGCAACAUCUAACGAGAAAUUGAAGUGUAAAAAUAUAUUAUUCAUGCAUCAAGAUGAGAUGGAUGACUUGGAAAACAGUGAUUGUUACCCUACAGAAUUUCAUAGAUCUCUUUUUGUUACCCCAAAAUAUAUUUUCUUCUCUACACAAUAA